CGCAAGGUGUACGACCGCAAGAUCCGCGACCAGGAGCGCCACGUGGAGAAGCUGCAGCUGAUGCUGGAGGACAAGAUCCUGAACAGGCACACCGAGCUGUGACCCCGGUCGGCCGCCUGCUGGUGGGACGGUGCACACACUGUACGGGUGCUGUUAUACGGACGGCGACGGCAGUUGGUAGCAGGUGUUGCUGAACCUGGCUGAUUGUAGCGACCUGCAGACCAGGGUUUAUGUUUAUUUUACGGGCUGGCGCGUUCACACGCAGAUAUAGUUGUCUGGCAAGCUGGCACGUCCCACCGAAGAUUGGCGUUUAGAUGGCUCGUGUCAACGGACCGAUUCAAACACACAGGCGGAAC